AUGGAGAACGCAGACCAAAUACUGGAACAGAUCCGGCAGCAAAACCUAACGUUAAGAGAGGAACUUCUCCAAAGCGACCAACGAGACAGUGAUAAAAUAGUGGCAUCUACUCUCCAACUGGCUCCACUCCUUCUGGGCCUCAUCAACGCCCUCGGCCAUCAACUGGAGAGCGUGGCUGAGAGUCUCCAAAACACUCGCCAGUUGCUGAAUACGCUUCAGGAAAAUGGUUGGCAACAGAUUCCAAGUCCAGAGAGAAGCAGCCUCUCCGAUUGGCUUCUGGAAUUCAGGAAAAACAUAUUGCAUACUCUCGGACACCUUGGAGAGGCCCAGGAUAAACUUCUUGAAAUGAACUAUAAAAAAAUGGAGAAAGUCCAGGUUCUCCCAUGUAUACCUGGGAAGACGGAGCAGGAAGAUGAAAAAGAGACAUUCAGUGAUGUGCAAAUGCUGCCAUGCGUAAGUCAGCCGUACCAUGAACCUUUCUCAACUCAUGGUGAGGAAAACAGAGCCCAGCUAACAGAAAAUGAAGCUGUGGACAUUGAAACUGUUCUGUCCCUAAAUGAAAAGGUAUCUGGACCAAAUCAAAAAUAUCCACCAUUCACAGAAAAUGAAGCAGUGGCAAACACAGACAACAGAAAAGUUUCUCCUGCAGUGAGACCUUCAAGUAAGAAACCCUCAGAAAACAUAGAUCUGGAAGACAUUCCAGGAAACAAUGAGGGAGAUAUAACUGCAUCCAAAAAGCUGGAAAAUAUACCCAGGCAGCAGCUAGAGAAAAUUCUCAAUCUAGAAAAAACGGUGGAGAGCAAGGAAGUCCCCAAGCAGGCAGGAAAUGGGAAGCGCCGACGGAAAGCCAAAAGAAACAGGAAGGAGAAAGACGUCAACCCAAAGAAGAAAAGUCAUAAAAGCGGCCAGAGCAAUCAGGAAGGUGAAUGUGGAUCUACGGGGUUAGAAGACAUUGAUCCAAACAAUACCACUAACCUGUUUGCUGGGAGGUUGGAGGAUGAAGACAGUCAAAGUGAUUGGAUGAUGAAAGAAUUUCUUGUGCAAGCGAAUGACAUUAGUGAGCCCGAAGUAGCCUGUUGCAUUACAGCCCCCUGUGCCAUUCUAGAAAACUUAGUAAUCAAGGAUGUUAAUGAUUUAAGUUCCCUGGUGGUAGAUGAUGCUGAAGAAUUGGUCAGCAAUGUCAUCAGUGCUGAGUUCCUGCAAGAUGGGCCCAUCGUGAUUCCUCCAGUGACCAUCGCAAUCCCAUUUAACUCCCGCUACCGAGGAAUGUACAAAGACAUUAUGGUGAAAGUGACUGAUGAGAACUUUCAGUCAAGUUAUUUAACUCCCGUUUCUUUUGAAGGGCACCAAGGAAACCACAAGGGGACAUUUGCAGAGAUCAAAACCAGCCAGCUCGGUACCUUUUCUGUGGUUUCAUGUUUAAAGCUGGAAACACUCACCAUUCCAAGGAAAGGCCUGUCACGCAAACUAAGCAUGGAUCCCAGAAUGUCAUUCGACUUCCCUGCGUCAGUUUUCAGUUCCUGUGCUACGAUGCAUGUAAAGGUCCAACCGAUCGAGCCAUCCAUACUUUCACUGUUAAGAACGAAGCAAGAUGUAUAUCAUUCGGUGGUGUCUACGAGCCCACUGGUACAGCUGCAGCAUCCAUCAGACCAGCCGUUCAACAAAUCCGCCACAGUUAUUUUACCCUGUCCGCCAAAUCCAGAAAAGAAGAGGGAUGGAGAUGAGACGGACCAUGGCAGAGCAACUAGCGCUUCUAUACACCGAGUUACAAGCGUGCAUCAUUUUCGGGCCAUGAGUGCUUCCCCAAGAAGACAAGGGGACCAUCUCAACGAAUCCUUGAAAUUACUGGGGUGCAGAAGCAAAGAAGAGGGAUGGACUUUGCUGGAUGAAGUCACUGUGCGGAAUGUGCGGAGCGGCCUUGUCUCGUUUGAAUUAAACGAGCAUUUAGAAAGCUUUAUUGUUGUCCGCCAGUCCUCUGCGAUGGACAAGGCACAUCUGGCCCACUUUGUUCAGCAUCUGGAGGAGGACACCCACAACACCCUGGCUAACGUGGUCUUAUAUCAGCACAAAGAAGAUCCUUACAAGAUCAUCAUCUUGCUAGUUCCAUCCAAGGAACUGAACCCGGAGCUGCAGAGCCUGAGGGAGGAAGGGUUCUCGGGACCCCCUGAGCCCUCUCCGCAGUUCAGACUCAAAGAAGGAGAACAGGUCCACUUCAGAUUUAGUGGGAACAUUUUUGCUUCAGAUGAUGGAAUAACGGUUGGAAAAAUGUACAGACUUACUUUUCACGCGCAGAGAAAGCCGAGGCUUGGCCUUCAAAUCAAGGAAGUGGACGAAUACGGUAACUACAGCUCGCCUCAUUUCAAGGGAACGGCCUUGUUUUAUAAAGUGAGCAAAGAAGCCAUAGCCAAGAACCUGGAGCAACCGCUUCUGCCCCAAGACUACCAACACCAGGAGCCUGUUUGCAAAUUGGCUCUAACCUUGCCAAAGAAAGAGAAGAUCAUCAGUCGCCCACAAAGCACAAAAAGAAUGUCAAAGGAUCCAUUAGAGGCAUUGUGGGACAGCCUACUGCUCUGGCUGUCAGGCGAGCUGUCGGAAGAUAACGCUUCGUCCCUCGCGCUCUUCCUUCCUCUGCGCCGAAGCACUCUUCAGUUUAUUAAACUGAAGUGCCCCGAUGAUCUCACUGAACAGAUCUACGAAGUCCUGUGCUUCUGGAAAAGGAACUUGCCGAGAUCGGCUGACAAGCUCCAGCUCCUGACUCGCUACCUCGAUAAAAGCGGCAGGAGCGAUCUUGCCGAAGAUCUCCGCUUCAGGUGGGAAAAUAAAGUGUUUCCAAGGAACAUUCGUGGGCAGCAAAGCUAUAGCUGA